AUGUUUUAUUUUUAUUUGAAUUUUUGGUGGAUUCUAUCAAAACUCACUUUACUUCUGUAUUACUUCUGUACAUUUUCCUUUGUUAUUUUACCAUUUUUAAUAUUGUUUCCUUCUCACUUUUUCAAUGUCCAUAAAUAUCCAUUUUUGAUGUGUUUUAACAACUUUUAUUUAAUAUUUGUUGAUAGAAUAUACUUUAUUUAUACAUCUUUUUUAGGAACAUUGUACUUUUGUAGUAUUGGUAUUUAUUGUCUUUAUUAUUCAGUAACUAACAAAUCUUGUUUCAAUAAUAAGUGGUGUUUAGACUCUGUUUGA